UCUGACGCCAGACCCACGUGCGGCGCCGUCGCCCGGGAGACGCGCCCGGCCGUUUGGCGCUUGCGAACGGGAGGUGGAGAAUAUUUUGUGUUGAAGCUCUGAAUAUUUUUGGGAGUUAUGGAUCGUCACAUUCCCAUGCAUGCUUUACCUGAAGAAAUCCAAAAGAUGUCUCCUGAAGAGAAAGUUUGCAAGUACUGUGGAGUCAGCUAUCUAAUUCUACAUGAAUUUAAGGCCAUGGAAGAAAGACUGAAAGCAAUGGAGAAGAAGGUGGAGUUUUACCAAGCAAGUGUAGACCGGGAAAAGAGACUUCAAGAAAACCUCCAAUUGCUCAGUCAAGACUUUGCCCAGUGCAAAAUGGAAAAUGAAUCCAAAACUGAAAGAAUUCAAGAUUUAAGCAUGCAGUUAAAAAAUCAACAAAGUGAAUUUCAGAGAGUACAGAAAGAAUUUAGUCAUUUGGAAUGUGAGUUAAAGACUAAACAAAGACAAUCACAAUUCUUCAGUCAAAAAUUGUUGGAAUACAAAUAUUUCUGGAAUAAGACUCUUUCAUUACUUACUGUUACCAAAAGAGAACUAACCAGUAUUAAAAAUGAAAUAUAUGAUAAUUUUCAAAUCUGGACUUUAUUGAAAGAAGAAGUUUCUCUACAAAUUAAAUCCAUUAGUGAAGCAGCUCUAGCAGAAAUAGAUGUGUUAAACAAAAGUUUGACAGCAUCUCAGAGAAAUAAGGUAUGCCUUGAAGAAGAAAUGAAAAAUCUCAAACUGUUGUCAGAUGCAGCCAUACUAAGAUCUCAGCAGAUUGAGACAUCUAGACAGCAAGAGGUCAAUUUGCAAGCCAGAUGCUAUGAUUUGCAAAAGCAAGUACUAGAUUUACAGUGUCAAGUGGAGGCGCUUGGGCUGAAACUUCAGAGGGUAACGAUGGAGCUGGACAGGCACAAGGAAAUGCUCAUGAAUAAAUCUAAUGAAGCUGAUGACUAUCAACGAGAACUUAGACAACUGAAGUUUGAAUCCAUUGUUUCUGAGUCACGGCAUACUAGGCUACUUAAAGAAAAAGAAGACUCUUUAAUGUCUUGUCAACAAAUGUAUAAAACUUUACAGGAAGAGCUGACUGCAACAGAAAAGCAAAGAGAUGACCUGAAAAGAAGAACGAACCAUGCAGAAAAUGAACUAGAGAUAACCAAAAGUCUUCUGAAUCAAACUAAGGAAGAUGUUUUAGCCCUGAAAAAUGAAAGGGAAUUGAUGCUGCUUUCCCACCAGAAAAGCAUCGGGCAGCUGCAGGAAACCCUUAGACAGAAGCUGCUGAACGAUGAUAACUGGAAGGAGAAGAUUGAAGCUGAAAUCGCCAAGGAAAGAGCCCAACAUUUGGUUGAAUUCCAGGAGCAAGCUCUUCUCUUUAAGGAAGAGGCAAAACUGGAACUUGAUAUUGAAAAAGAAAAACACCAGGAAAUAAUCCAAAAAUAUAAGAAAGAGCAUGAAGAGCUGCAGGCAAAGAUACCUGACUUAAUCGCAGGUGCUACAAAAGACCUGAGGCUGAAAGUGAGCACCCUUGAAGAACAACUCCAUGAGACCCAUCAGCGAUACGCAGAAAAAUCUGAGUCCAAACAAAGAGAAAUUGAAACCCUUAAAAAUGCAGUUGCAGAAUUUGAAUCACGCUUCAAGAAGGAAAUUGACAGUCAUGAUACAGUUUCAGAAAACUUGAAGAAGGAAAUGAAACAGAAGUCAGAUGAGCUGGCGAGAGUGAUGUUGGCCCAAACACAGCUGAUGCAACAAUUUAACCAAACCCAGGAAGAGAACGCCCUGCUCGAGGAGACUGUGCGGAGGGAGUGCGAGGAGCGCUUCGAGCUGACGGAGGCGCUGGGCCGCGCGCGCGAGCAGCUGCUGGAGCUCCGG